AUGGGUUACAUUAGUAUUCCCAAGAAUUACACGGCUUCACCGUCGUCAUUUAUGGGCACGCCAUCAUUGACGAUCAACCAUGAGGCGACUCAGGGUCUUGACUCGUCUAAUGCUUUUGAGGGACCUGAGAAACUUCUCGAGGUGUGGUUCGCCCCCUCUGCCAAUCAGUUGGGUUCUGCGAUGCCUGCUGGCUUGAAGGCCGUGCCGGAGGAGAUCUGGAAGGACAUGUUAGAUCUGGUCAACUGCCAAGUUUUGUCCAUUGUCGCGUCCGAUGAUGUCGAUGCCUACUUGUUGUCCGAGUCCAGCAUGUUUGUCUGGCCACACAAGUUGAUCCUCAAGACGUGUGGCACCACCACGCUGUUGUCGGGUCUGCCGCGCAUUCUGGAAAUCGCCGCUGUCUUUGCCGGUUUCUCCAAGGCCGCUGCGUCACGUGGACUGGGUGUCGCUGCGGCUCCGUACCGUGUGUUCUACAGUCGCAAGAACUUCCUCUUCCCUGACCGUCAGCGCGGCCCGCACCGCAGCUGGAGAGACGAGGUUCGCACCAUGGACAGACUGUUCUUGAACGGUAGCGCGUACAUGAUUGGCAAGAUGAACGGUGACCACUGGUACUUGUACCUGACGGAGCCGCACACCUUGCUCACGCCGCCUGGCAGUCCCAGGUUGGACGAGAACUUCCCGGAAACUGAGACCAAGGUGCUCAACGUCCCUGACGUGGCUACCGUUCCCAGUCCAGCUGACGAGCACGAUGAGACGCUCGAGGUUCUUAUGACCGAUCUGGACGAGCAGAACGCCAAGCAGUUCUACCUCGACCACGCGACCUCCGUGGCAGAGAAGCGCUACCGCAAUUUUGAUCGCGAGACCGGCAGCGAACACGUCGAUGUCUUCAGCAACACGUCCUCGGACAUGAGCGACAUCGACUCUGAGGGUAGUCAAAUUCUGCCACCCGAGCUGACGACUGAAGGCCACGCCCUCGGCACCGUGGUCACCGAGUCCUCGGGCCUGUCAGACGUGUACCCGAAGGAGAAAUUCCCCGACUCGCGCAUCGACGCGUACCUCUUCACGCCAUGUGGAUUCUCCGCGAAUGGCGUGAUUCCGUCCCCCGAUCGCAAGACAGGCACGCACUACUUCACCGUGCACGUCACGCCCGAGCCACACUGCUCCUACGCGUCCUUCGAAACUAACGUCCCGCACUCGCAGAACGGCCAAACAACCGCCGACAUCAUCCAGCAGGUUGUCGACAUAUUCCAACCAGGCCGCUUCAGCGUGACUCUCUUCGAAGCCAAGCCUACGAGCGUUUUCGAGGGCGACGCCGACACUCCCAAAGACGUGAAAUACAUCGAGCGGCACGCCGCGCGGCGCACGCCCAAGACGGAGCAGGUCGUGGGAUACAGACGGGUGGACCGCAUCGUCCAUGAUCUGGAGGGGUAUGAUUUGGUUUUCCGAUACUACGAACGCAACGACUGGAAAGGGGGGGCCCCGCGACUUGGAGAGGAGGGGUUCUGA